AUGGCCAACCUGGGCCCCAGUCAGAAGGGCCGCAAAAGGCCUUUACCCUUGCAAGCUCUAAUGCCACAAGUACCCCGCGGCAACUAUUUGCACCUUCUGGAAGAGAAACAAAGACUACAGCUAAAGAAAUUCCUCCUUCAUAGGAUGUUUCUAGUGGCCAACACACAAACAAACCUGGAGAAAAAAGAAAUUGCUGAAUACUAUGAACAAGUAUUUCAGUCGAUUUUGAAACAUCACCUAGGAGAAGCAGUGACAGGAUUAUUGCUCAUAUACCCCACGUCCCUUCUGCAUAUCCUUGAGUCUUCCAGUGAUACCCUUUACCAAAUUCUUUUAGAUUAUCUAGACCAUGAAAGAAAAGAAACAGACUAUUUCGUCCAAAACAUGAAAAUUAUAGUCAUUUCUCAUAACAUCCCAACGAGAUUCUUCAUGCAAUGGCACGUUUCAGUCAUCAAAGUGCCAGUUAUGUAUCUUGAUGAUGUGACACAGUCACAGUCCUUAAAUGAGGUCAUCACAGAUUUCCUCACCCAGACUCAUAAACUAGCACUUCACCUUUUUAAGUCUAUGAAAGCGGGUGCUAAGGGACCAGGGGAUAAUUUGCACCAAGUUGCACCUGAGCUACUCCUUCCAGAACAAAUCAUAAAGUAUCUGUUGAAAUGUGAACAAUUUAUGGACCCACAAACAUUCAUGAACAUGUAUAAUAAACCUAUUCACGUUACCAUGGAUUCUGAGGUGGUCUGGCCUGCUCCUUCCCGUUUCUACAGCUGA